GUCAUGCUGUUAGUUUCACAGUAUUAAUGGUUUCAGCUUCUUUGCUCUGGUGUGUUGCAGACUGUUCUUCUAAGCAAGAAGAUGACAGCCGAGGAGGUUGCAGUGGGAAUGUUAAAGGCAGACCUUACCCUCAGAGACGACAUGGAGGAAGGAGAAUCUGGUAAAGAUCUCCAAAGAAAAUGUCUACGAAUUAUAUCUCCUGUAACUCUGAUCAAGGUUUAUUGCUGCGUUUUCAUCAUUGCAGUCCUCACUGCAAGUGUGGUUGCACUUUCUAUUGUUUUGUCAGUGAGAGAGGAAAAGGUGCUCUUAGAGCGCUGUCAGCAUGCUGCAGAGCACUGCGUUUCUGCUACCUGCCCAGAAAGCUGGAUUGGAUUUGGAAGUAAAUGUUUUUACUUUUCUGAAGACACAAGGAAUUGGACAUUCAGUCAAACUUUCUGUACCUCACUAGAAGCCCACCUUGCUCGGUUUGAAACUCUGGAGGAACUGAAUUUCCUGAAAAGAUACAAAGGCCCUUCUGACCAUUGGAUUGGCCUUAGCAGAGAAUCAGCACAUCACGUUUGGAAGUGGACAGACAACACUGACUAUGGUACCUCGUACGUUUUGAAACUUCCUUUCCUUCUACUGUGCUUAUGUGUGGUUAUGUGUGUGAGUGUGUUUAUGAGAUGA